AAAAAAGUUUAUUAAUUAUAUAAAAACACGUUAUGAAAAAAAUUGUCAAAUAAAACAACAUUUGUUUUGUCGGGAGCUUGCAUAGCGUGUAAUUUUAUUAAUUUCAAGUCAAAAUUUUACUGUUUUUCUUUUUUCCGCUGGUUCCAUUUUUUUUUUUAUAGGUUAAAAUUUUUUCAAAGCUUUAAUAGUACUAUACAUCAUAGUUUAGUCAUAUAAUGCUUGGCAACAAGUUCUGUUUUUUUUUUUGUUCUCUGCUUCUACUAUUGUAUACUUUGAAAAAAAUACAUUUCAUGAACUAUAACUAAGAUACAUUCAUUUGUUUCAAAACCUUUAACCUGCUUAGGGUAUCAUAUGAUUUCGUCCUCUAUUUCUCAUUAUCGACAUGUUAUUCAAUUUUUUAUGUUUGUCAAAGACACAAAUAUAUAUUACAUUUUUUUAUGUCCUAUUUUCUUAUUUACAACAAGUAUCACACUUUUCUGUUUUCUUUUUAUUCUUACAAAAGAAUCGCGCCGAACACUUAUAUUGCUUUUACGCUCCAUAUUUUGGAUAUUAGCUUCCACGUUUUUUUUAUCAUUGAAAUCCGUUUUGGUACUCUAUCAUUUUUCCCGUAUUCUUUUCGAUUUAAUGUUAUUUUUUCUUAUGAAACUUUUCAGCCGUUUUGUUAUAUGUCUUCAGUACGCAACUAAUAAAUCGUUGAAAGAAAGAAAAGCUCGAAAACUGUUACGCCAAAUGGAAAAAGCAACCACAUAUUCACAAUGGAUCAAGUUAGCAGAAGUCUAUGAUGUUAUGCAUGAAAAGAUGCACUGGAGAGAAAAUCCAGUUUCUUCUUUAUACGAAUGGAAAAGAGUACAGGAACAUACAGAAAAAUUGCGUGAAGCUCGAUUAAAUCAAAAUAUAGAGACUCUAAUGGUUUUGCUAAGAUUAUGUUGUUACCGAGAUUUUUGUGGUAUAUCGAAUAAAAAACUUUAUACAAAAGCUUUGAGUGGAACUAAAAUUUUAAUUCAUCGAUUUACUCAAGAAAUCACAGCAUCAUUAGAAUAUUUAUGUUCAGCUUUUUUAAUUCAAAAAAUACCUUUAUGUUUACAGCAACCUAGUGUUUUAGGUGAACUCGCUCAAGGUUCAGUAAAAAUAUCUAACCCACGACCUAUGCAGCCCUCUUUGCGCUUAUUUACUGUCUGCGAUACUUCAACACAAACUGAAACGUUUAAUGGGUCACACAUCUAUAAUCAUCAAACUGGGAAGAAAAUACGACAACAAUCUGAUGAAUCUUUUUUAAACCAAACUACCAGUAAUAAGGAUGAAUCUAACAAGCGUGUUAUAAAUGAAAUCAAUAGGCAAUCCUGUUGCGAGAAUCAAGCAGAUGGAAAUUUUUUUCAUCAUUUGCUUCGGAUUUUCACAUCUAUUCGUCUAUCUUUAGGAAAUACAGCCAUGUGUUUAUCUGGGGGUGGUUCUUUAGCCAUGUAUCAUAUGGGUGUAGUAAAAGCUUUAAUAUCUUUGAAUUGCUUACCCAAUGUAAUAUCGGGAACAAGCGGAGGAUCCAUUGUAGCAGGAGUCAUGGCAAUCUUUCAUAAUGAUGAACUUGUUAAUGAUAUAUUAAAACCUGAUAUUGUUUCCCGUUAUGGAUCUCGAUGGUUUCCAUCUAUUUCUCAACAAGUCAAACAAUUUGUUUUUCAAGGUCAUAUGAUUGAACAAGAACAAUUUGUGAAAACAUGUAAAAAAUAUUUUUCGCAUUGGACAUUUUUAGAAGCAUAUCAAAGAACAGGUCGAUGUGUUUCUAUUGUUGUGACACCUUCGUGUUGUUCGCCUGGAGAAGCUCUUGUUUUGAAUUUUAUAACAGCUCCAGAUGUGUUUAUUUGGUCAGCCGUUGCAGCAUCCUGUGCUCUACCUGGCCUAUUACCUCCUAGCGAAUUAGUUUCUAAAGGGUUUCAUGGUGAUGCUAAAACAUUGUACUCAACAGGUAUUAAAUGGAUUGAUGGAUCGUUAAAUCAAGACAUUCCUAUUAAGGAGUUAGGAACUAUGUUUAAUGUUAAGCAAGUCAUUGUAUCACAAGUUAACCCUCAUCAUACACCCUUUGUUGAAAAUUAUUCAAGACAUUUAAAAUGGAUGAAAAUUUUAGAAAAUUGGAUUGUCUUUGAUAUUAAAAAUAGAUAUAGUAAAUUAGCGAAAUUUAAUAUGCUGCCUAAAAUUUUUGGAAAAAAAUUUACUUCUUUUUGGAUGGUUCAAGAGUUUGAAGGUCAUGUUACAAUAACCCCAGAGCAAUCUUUCAUAGACUGGUACCGCAUUAUAUUACAACCGUCUGAAGACGAUAUGAAAGACUACAUAACUAAAGGACAAGCACGAACAUGGUUUCACGCUCCACGCAUUCAACAAAUGCUAAAGAUAGAACAGACUCUUGAUGAAUGCUUUAAAAAAAUAGCACAACGCAUAAAAGAAGUGUCUUAAAACGAAAAGAAAACAAUUAAGAAUCCAGCAAUAAUCAUUUCAUCUACAUUGCCUUCUAUUUAAAAAUAAGUUGAUGUUUUUUGCCGCAUUAAUUGAAGAAACGAGAACCAAAGAGGCGUAUUGUUAUUUUGUGCUAAUUUUUGUUUCCUUGCAAAAAGCACAACAUUAGUACAUGAAUACUAGUUUUUUUCCUGUGAGUCAAAUAGCACAAUGUUGAGUUAAUGUACCCCUCGUUUAAGUUUUGUUAUUUUUUUUUUAACACUGUCUACGUUAAAACGCAAUGAGGGAUAUGCGAGCUCAACCUUAGAUUGACAUAAACAUUUCAAAGUGGAGACAUCUUCUUAUGAGUU